UUUUAAUAGAAAUGUCCAAUACAAAAAUGUCAACAGAAGUUAACUGAAAAUUACAAUGUUAUCGAGUGACAGCGCUAUGUAAACUCCGACCAUGGACAAUAUUUGUUGUCUACGUAAAAGAGCUUUGUUUGAAGAUUGCCGCAAAUUAUUUAACAAAAAGCUUAAAAGAUGAAAGACUUACGCGGCUAACGCAAUGUCAAACUUGACUUCUACAUCAAUACUAAGACCUAAAAAAGAUUACCACUUCUAUUAGAUUUUCAAGUAUGCUAACGAACGAUAAGCCUGCGAGCAGCCAAGCUUCUAAUGUCUUAAAAAAGACGGAGAGCCCAGUGCAAGCUAGGGUUAAACAGGAUGUGGAAAAUAAAGAAGAUACGAGCGGAUACACAGCUGGAGUUGAUAAUCGCAUAAGAAGACAAAGAACGCAUUUCACCGUCACACAACUUCACCGUUUAGAAACAUGUUUUGCAAGAAACAGGUAUCCAGAUAUGGCAAUGAGAGAAGAUAUUGCUCAAUGGUGUUCUCUUACGGAGUCGCGCGUUAGGAUAUGGUUUAAAAACCGACGUGCAAAAUGGCGUAAAAAGGAAAGACAUUUAGAACGCCCCGAUAUAUGCAAUUUUGCACCAACAUAUAGAUUCGAAUCGCCAUCGCCUUACGAAAGAAGACCAACAUUUCCAACAACGUAUUCUUCAAAUGUAUCGCAACCUACAUUGCCUACUUGCUCCAGCUUAAAUAAUAGAUCCUCGCAUGCAUCAUUAGGUCAUUAUUAUUCCCAUAAUACCCAUUGGUAUCCAUCAGAUCACCCAGUACACUCUCUUUCUCAAAGAAACAGUCCUUCAAACAGUCCAGCUGGCUGGUACGGAAUUAACUACAACGAACCAGUUCGAGGAUAUCCAACUUGUCCGCAAAGUAGCUCCUCAACAUUAAGCAGAGAAGACGAAAUGAUGAGCCCUAUUUCGUUUUCUCAACGAACUCAUACGUUUUCUCCUGGGGAUCAUAGUUAUCAACAUUCAAUAUAAAUAUCUUUUGUUACUCAAUGUAGAAUAUGUACAUUGCAUAUAUAUAUAUAUAUACAUAU